CCCCCUUCCCUUCAGUGUGUGUGAGAGCAGGCUGUAGCAGGGCUGAUGUAAAGUUGCCUGUACCCGGUUAGCAGUGAAUACCUGUCGUCAGCAUUGGAGGUUAAAUUCCAUAUUCUUUAAAUAUAAAACUAGCGCGUUUUAGCGGGCUGCUGCUGCUGCUGCUGUAACAGAGCCGAAAUGGCGACGGAGAUAACGAAAGGUGUGGAACAGAUCUCAGUAGGUGAGCUGUAUGUGUCAGAUAAAUGUGGCAGCGACCAAGACGGAGAUGGCACGGAGCAGAAACCCUUCAAAACUCCUCUCAAGGCUCUGUUGUUUGCUGGAAAGGAGCCGUUCCCCACCAUCUUUGUAGAGUCCCAGAAGGAGGGAGAGCGCUGGGCGGUGAUCUCUAAGACACAGAUGAAGAACGCAAAGAAGGCUUUUAACCGCGAGCAGAUAAAGAACGAUGCCAAAGAAAAGAAGGAGGCCGAGGACAACGAGAGGAGAGAGAAGAACCUGGAGGAAGCCAAGAAGAUCGUCAUUAAGAACGAUCCCAGCCUGCCUGAGGCUGAAGCAGUUAAAAUCCAUCGUCUCCAAGAAAAGAGAGGCCAGAGGGUCAAAGUGUUUGGAUGGGUUCACCGCCUCAGGAGGCAGGGGAAGAACCUGAUGUUCCUUGUGCUGAGAGAUGGCACCGGUUUCCUCCAGUGUGUCCUCUCCGAUCAGCUGUGCCAGUGCUACAACGGCUUGGUUUUGUCCACAGAGAGCACGGUGGCUAUUUAUGGGACCGUCACUGCAGUUCCUGAAGGAAAGCAGGCGCCCGGAGGCCACGAGCUGCACGGCGACUACUGGGAGCUGGUUGGCUUAGCUCCGGCGGGCGGGGCCGACAACCUACUGAACGAGGAGUCGGACGUGGACGUCCAGCUGAACAACCGACACAUGCUGAUCAGAGGAGAGAACGUCUCCAAGAUCCUCCGAGUCCGAUCCACAGUCACACAGUGCUUCAGGGACCACUUCUUCAGCUGUGGGUACUACGAGAUCACUCCUCCGACUCUGGUGCAGACUCAGGUGGAGGGCGGCUCCACGCUCUUUAACCUCAACUACUUUGGCGAGCAGGCGUACCUGACGCAGUCUUCUCAGCUCUACCUGGAGACCUGCAUACCUGCCCUGGGCGACACCUUCUGUAUCGCCCAGUCGUAUCGGGCCGAGCAGUCUCGCACUCGCAGACAUCUUUCUGAAUACACUCACAUCGAGGCGGAGUGUCCCUUCAUUACAUUCGAGGACCUGCUGAACAGACUUGAGGACCUGGUGUGUGACGUGGUGGACCGAGUGCUCAAAUCUCCCGCCGCAGAGCUGCUCUACGACAUCAACCCUAACUUCAAACCCCCGAAGAGGCCGUUCAAGAGGAUGAACUACAGCGAAGCCAUCGAGUGGCUCAGAGAGCAUGACGUCAAAAAGGACGACGGCACCUACUACGAGUUCGGAGAGGACAUCCCCGAGGCUCCAGAGAGGCUGAUGACCGAUACCAUCAACGAGACCAUCCUGCUCUGUCGUUUCCCGGCCGAGAUCAAAUCUUUCUACAUGCAGCGCUGCACCGAGGACAAACGCCUCACUGAGUCGGUCGACGUGUUGAUGCCAAACGUUGGUGAGAUCGUGGGAGGGUCGAUGCGUAUCUGGGACGCUGAAGAGCUGCUGGAGGGAUACAAGAGGGAGGGAAUCGACCCGACUCCAUACUACUGGUACACAGACCAGGUAAAUGAACACUGGUUUGACCUCAGAUGUUUUCGAGCCCCCUGGCGGUGCGGCGCGGUACUGCUGGGAGCGGUUAUGAAAGUGAAGCCGGCUGAACGCAUCGGUUAG